AUGAAAGGCCAUUUCGUUCCUGAGAAGUCUCGUCCAGAAUUCCAAGAAGAACCGCACAAUCUUUUCGGCCAGUGGUUCCAUGGCAUCGUGGAAAGCAAUCAAACCGAGCAGUUCCAAGAUCUAUUCAUCAACGGUUCGAUACCGCAUCAUGCAACAUUCGAUGAUAUCCUGAACAGCCUGAAAAAACCAAAGCACAUUAGCAAUGUCUCUAUUCCACCUCCGCAUAUCCCACAUCCAAGGUGCACAUCUGAUACAUCUAAAUGGUGGUAUCGCACCUAUGAUGGCUCGUGUAAUUGGCUCAAGGAAGGCGAAGUGAGUGAAGGCGAGUAUGGCACGGCCAAAUCUCGGGACUACGGGCAGUAUUACUACGCCGAUGGCAUCUCAAAGCCGAAGGGCCCCAACCCACGAGCCGUGAGCAACGCCUUCUUUCGCCGGAAGAAGACGCUCUAUUAUGAGCACACUCCACUGCUGCUUGGUUUGGUGGAGUUCAUAAUGCACGACGUUACUUGGUCUCAGGACUCUAGCACGGAAUUCAUUGAUGUUCCAAUGCCGGAUGACGAAGAUGUUUUCUAUCCAAACACAACUCUCAGGAUCUGGAGGACCGAGCCGCUCUCGGGAACAGGUACAUCGCUCAAGAAUCCUCGCGAAAACAUUAACAGAGCGACUACUUGGUUAGACGUCUCCGCGCUCUAUGGCAGCACUCGAGAGGUUGCGCUUGCCUUGCGCUCUUUCAGCAAGGGCAAAUUGCUGACCCAGGAGCUUGAGACUCGUGGAACCAGACAAAAGGCGUCAUAUUUGCCAUUCAACACCAUCGGUGUCCCUACAAGGGCUCGACCAGGAACUGACGUGACGACCUUGUUUGCAGGCGGCGAUCCACGGACAAAUGAAGAUUGGGUGAUGAUGGCCGUCCAUACCCUUUUCCUAAGAGAACACAACCGCCUCUGUGACAUACUAGCCGAGCAGCACCCGGAAUACGACGAUGAAGAGUUGUACCAGACCGUUCGAGUACUUCUCUCGGCUAAAAUGUCGCUGAUUGGGAAUGCUUACCAAAUGUCAUACUUCAAAGACAUGCCAUGGCCGAUGGACGACGGUUUUCCGUUGUAUCGCGAGAUGUCUGGCAAGAAUUGGCUCCAAAUAAACCCAGCAAAUACUUAUCCCUGGCCAAUCGCUACUAAAGGCGGCAAACCAACGGUUGUGAGCGCUGAAAUGGCUGUGGUAUAUCGGUUCCAUGAGUUCAUCAUCAAGAGCUUUCCGAUCAAGGAUGCCCUCAAUAAGACUCUCUGGGAUCAACCGCUAUUCGAUACCGGCUUCAACGCCACCGGAUUCAUCGAUGCCGGUUUGGAGAAUAUCCUCCGAGGUGUUGCAUCCACGUUUAUCCCGAACUUCAAAAGUGGUGUGGAUGAGUCUUUUAGAUCAGCCGGGAAGUACAGAGGUUCACCUUUCGAUAUUGUUACGUGGUCAAUCGUGCACGAAAGGGAGCAAGGACUGCCAACGUUCAACAAUUAUUUCCGUGCUUAUAAUAAGCAAAGACCCAAAGCCAUCGUCCCGAUCCGGAAGAGAUUCGAAGAUUUCUCAUCUGAUCCGCACGUGGUUUCAGAGCUCAAAAGAUUGUAUCGGGCUCCGGAUGAUGUCGACCUCGUUGUUGGUUAG